UCAGACUGCAGGGUACUGAGCAUUACACAUGAUGAAAUAUUGAUGAUGGGCGGUGUGAUGCAGCUACUAAUCGACUACGUCCAGCUUGAGACGCCGCUCCAGGAAGACUGCCUGGCGGCUUUGCUGCAGGGUUGAGAGAAGGAGGGGGGGAUGUCACGGCCUGUCAGCCUCGCACAUCCAAGCGCCAUCUAUUUGCCAGUGGGCUGUCCCUGCGGGUUAUGGCGGUGCCGACCGCUCUUCUGCACGACGGCCGGCCCAAUUUGUUUGGCGAUCGGCCGCUGAAAGGCGCUGUGCCCGCCGCGGAGACGCUGAUCCUGAGUACUAUCCACGGCGAUGAAGAUGAUGGGGGACCUCCGGACUCUCGAGGGGAAACCGGUGCUAUUGCAUCCACAGAUUUCGACGGGACGUUGUCUUUGUGUUUCGGGGGUGGGAGCUCCACAGUGGGCGACGCGGUGACGGUGAACACCGAGGACACGCUUCAGGGGGACGAGAUCUGGGAUUCUUUAAGCAAAAGCUAUGGUCAAGUGUUGGAGAUGGAUUGGAAACAGUCCCGGGCACACAUGCCCCCAUUCAACCCGGAGGAGAAUGCGAGUCAGACGAGUAACAUCGCAGGGGAUGUGUCUGAAGUCGAGGAGCGGAAGGAACAACUGGACAUGGACCCCAUCAUGGUCCCGUGUCUCGGCGAGGAACCUCUCUACACAGCCGAGCAGGUGAUUGAAGAGAUUGAAGAAAUGAUGAGAGACUCGUCUGACUUUGAAGCAGAGAACAUUCCUUCGCAGUCUGACCUGUGUAUGCCCUCUUUGGAUGUUCAGUACCUCAGAAGAAGUCCAAGAUAUGAAGAAAGAGUGGGUCGACUCAACGUGGCGGAGUUGAAAGAGUGUCUGGAGGAGACGGAGGUUGGGGUCACGAGGCUCUCAGAGGAGCUGGUGCAGCAUUUGGCUCUUAGAGAUGAGCUGGACUUUGAGAAGGAGGUGAAGAACACUUUUAUUUCGGCGCUCAUCGAUGUGCAAAACCGACAGAAGGAGCAUCGCGAGGCGCUGAAGAAGAAGAAGAAACUUAAAGGGACGACGGGAAUGUCGCUUGGAACACGUUUCACUAUGGAGGGCCUCUCCUCUGUUAUUCAAAACAGCUUUCGACAAACAUUCCGGAGUGGAUGCAGUGAACGACAGUAUUUGACUACCGUCAUCCCGUAUGAAAACAAAGGACAACCUCCUUCUAUCGAGGACCUCCAGAUCCUGAUCAAUAUUUUGCAUGCGAUGAGAGACGACAGCGACAGGGUUCCAGCCCUUUUAACAAACUACAUUCUCAAAGUGCUUUGCCCAACGUAGCCUGGAGGGAUGAAGCCAAACACUGGGGAGAGGCUUCUGAUGGUUUUUCACACACAGCAUAUUUAUUCACUGAAUACUUCAUUUCCAUUUUUUUCAAGAUGCAUCCUUGCGUUUUGGUCGUUUCAUUCAAUUUCUUGCAACUUAGUUUGCAUUUUUAAUUUCUUUUUUUAUAUUUAUUGUGCGUCAAAGGAAUAUGCCCGAGAAGCUGCACUGCUUGUGCGAUGCAAAGGGCUUUGCAUUAAUCCAAAGUGCUUACCGAGCUGUGAUCAAAUGUGCACAAAGCACAACGAAGCUUCCGGGCGAAUUUACUCAGAGGACAAGUUUGUAUUCUCAAUACAGCUGCUGCUUAUUAUUAAACAGCACUGAUACUGCAAAGACAUAAACACACAGAUAAGAUGUUAACAAAGUAAAAAAAAGUUCAUCCACCAGCAGCAAGAGAUCAGUUUGCAAAGCUUCAUAUACAAACAUCACUUAGCAGUAUUCCAGCAACUGCGAAGAUUGUGUUUUGCCUAAAACAUUUUGCACUGGCUACAAGUAGCUAAUUAACUGACUGAACUAUGCAUUUGAGUGAUAAUUAGUAUUGUCUGACCCAAGUACUGUCCGACACAAGUGUCACUGUGCAUGCUGUGAACAAGAGCAGUAAACUCUGCAGGACUUCUAUUGAUGAUUUCCAUACACGUUGCCUUUUGAAAUUUUGUACAUUGUAAAGGGCAUACGUUAUUUUUACUGAAUGUCUGAUUACUGGACUGUGUUAAAUGCUUAAUUGGUCAUUUAUUUGACAAAUGUUCUGUUUUAAAUAUAUUUAUUUAUGUUGUUA